UAGUCAGCGCCGCAGACGUCACUUCUGCUUUCUUUCAGCUAGGCGAGCGUCGCAGGGCAUGGCGGACAGCGGGCUGUUGGAGUCGGUUUUGCGGCUUGUGGAGAAGGUAGACGGCGGCGUUGACAGUCAGGAUGUGGCAGGCGGUCUCAGCGUGGACCACCAAGUGGUGGUCGGGGCGGUGAAGAGCCUGCAGGCGCUUGGAGAGGUUAUAGAGGCGACACAGCGAUCCUCCAAGCACUGGGAGGUGACUGGAGAGGGAAAUGAGAUACUUGAGCAGGGAAGCCAUGAGGCCAGAGUUUUUAAAGCCAUCCCAGAAGAGGGUCUGCCCCAGAGCGAGCUCAUGAAACUUCCCAGUGGUAAAGUGGGCUUCAGUAAGGCUAUGUCCAACAAAUGGAUUCGUCUGGAUAAAGGUCAUGAAGGAGGACCUCGUGUUUUCAGAACGGUGGACAGCAUUGAGGACGCUGUGAGGGAGAAGCUGCAGCAGGUGAAGAAAGGCCAGUCUUCUCAGCUGGAGGAGAAGGAGAAGAACGAGCUGAAGAAGCGAAAACUGCUCACAGAAGUUACAGUUAAGUCCUACUGGAUCACCAAGGGCAGCAACUUCAGCACCACCAUCACCAAACAGGAGACAGAACUGACUCCAGAGAUGAUCGCCAGUGGAAGCUGGAGGGAGAAGAAGUUUAAGCCCUAUAACUUUGAGGCGAUGGGUGUGGCUCCAGACUCUGGCCACCUGCACCCUCUGAUGAAGGUGCGGACACAGUUCAGACAGAUCUUCUUGGAGAUGGGGUUCACCGAGAUGCCCACCAAUAACUUUAUCGAGAGCUCUUUCUGGAACUUUGACUCUCUUUUCCAACCCCAGCAGCAUCCGGCUAGAGACCAGCACGACACUUUCUUUCUGUCCGAUCCAGCACUGGCUCAUGAGUUUCCCCCAGACUACCUGGAAAGGGUGAAAAAGGUCCACUCUGAAGGAGGUUUUGGGUCACAGGGAUACAAGUAUGACUGGAAGAUUGAAGAAGCUCAGAAGAACAUCCUCCGCACACACACCACAGCUGUGAGCGCACGUAUGCUCUACAAACUAGCACAGCAGGAAAAGUUUACACCAGUGAAGUACUUCUCUAUUGACCGAGUGUUCCGCAAUGAGACCCUGGACGCCACUCACCUGGCUGAGUUUCAUCAAAUAGAGGGUGUGGUGGCUGACUAUGGCCUUACCCUGGGCGACCUAAUGGGGGUUCUACACCAGUUCUUUACUAAACUGGGAAUCACUAAAUUGCGCUUCAAGCCUGCUUACAACCCUUACACUGAACCCAGCAUGGAAGUGUUCAGUUAUCAUGAAGGGCUGAAGAAAUGGGUGGAGGUCGGUAACUCUGGGGUUUUCAGGCCUGAAAUGCUGCUGCCUAUGGGUUUGCCAGAGGAAGUGUCUGUCAUUGCCUGGGGGCUGUCCUUAGAGCGGCCCACCAUGAUCAAGUAUGGCAUCAACAACAUCCGUGAGCUAGUGGGGCACAAAGUGAACCUGCAGAUGGUUUAUGACAGUCCAGUGUGCCGCCUGGACUCUUAAGUUGUACUCAGAGACCCUUAAAGGCAGGCUACCAGCCAAAAAUAAGCCUGUCCCAUCAGGACCCUUUCAUUUUCAGACCUCACGGAUUUGUCAAAGCAUUCUGGAUUGGUCCACAUUGUUAUGCUCCAUGUAAGAAUCUCCAAUAACGCACACUCUACUCUGUGCUCUGUCCAUGUCUCAGUGAUAAAGGGUCAGACAGUAGAGUUGAGAGAAAAUGUGGAGGUGGAUGCUUGUCUUUUUAUGCAGGAUGGUGUAUUUCUAUUGUUACGGCAUGCUUCUGGUUAGCUGGAACUGGCGGCUAUAAAAUAGUCAUUUUAUCCUAAUACAGGUGGACUGUUCGAAUCAAAAGAUCUGCGUGUUUUCUGAGCUAGUGUUACAACUCACUAGUUUAGUUCAAACCUAUCGGUUGGGACUUUCAGCAGUCUGUUUCAUUUAUUACUGACCAAGCCAUUAUAUUUAAUGUUCUUCUGCUGUCGUGUAUCACAGAAAACGUUUUCCUUCCGGCUUAUCUUCACAACUCAAAAUGCAACUGAACCAUCUUAAAGGGAAUUAUUCUGACUGUAGAAAUGAUAAAUUAAAUAAUUGAAAUGAUCA